CUCAUGGUAACAGGACUCAUGUUGCUGCAGUGCGACAACUGGGACGAUUUUACAAACUAACGAGCUUUUAAUGUGUAUAAACAGUUUUAUUUAGUCAGGUGUUUGGUUUGUGUUUAAACGGAAUGGCAUGUGAAUACUACUUUAUACCGUAAACGAGGACGUAAAUUUAGCGAAUGCCUUCGUUGAUGGUUAGCGUUCAUGCUAACUAGUGAAGGCUUGUGCUGCCUUCAGGGACUAUCGAAAAUUAUGUUUUAGGGAAUACGCUACACUUAUUGACCUGAUUUUUACAAUUAAAAAGUGUAAGAUAAAAAAUGCUGUAUUUUUUUGAGAAAGUACAUUUGAUUUCUAUAGUACAUUAAGUACAUUUCACUUGUAAAAAAAUAAAAAAUCACAAACUGUUUUUCAAACAACGCAUAUAAGAUAAAUUAAACGGCGAUAGAAGUACAAACAAAUUACCAAAGAUUUAAAUAGUAUAUAAAACAAUAUAGAAUAUAUUUAAUAUUUAAAGUACAUACUAAUAUCAAUUUUAAAACUGAAACCUGAGUUGAGUGAAAGUGAGAUUCUUAAGUUCAAAUUUCGGUGGUUACCUGAAGGCAGCAAACAGUCCGGUCCCGCAAAGUUAGCUAGCCUGGUAGUUAGCCAUUGGACCGCAGCAUCAGCACCAUUAUCAUCACCACAAUGGCAGAAAGGAUUCCGCUGCUGCCUUGACUCUGCUGGAAGACGAAAUGAGUCGCUUCUGUUCGGACAACAAUAAUUUCCCCUACGACAACAAUGUCCUGGUUCUGGACAUGGUGCUGGGGUCUCUGUGGGGGGUUCCUCAGCCCAUAAGCUGGGAGAAUGUGGCCAAACUGGUGCCAGGCUUCACUCCUAAGGAGUGUGCCAGUCGAUUUGAGGAGCUGAAGGCCACGGCGGGGUUUCCCCAGGUGGAUUAUCAGUGCAAUGACCUAACGGGAGGAACCAGCUCACCAUCUGACAGCCUGUCUGCCCUGCUGGAGGCUGGAGAUGUGGUCAAGAGAGAAGGAGGCAGUCAAAACUGCAGCAAAGUCACAGGCUCUAAGUCGCUCCCGGCUGGAAGGGGAGGAACGGUGGAGAAGAAGGAGACGCGAGUCUCAGUGGAAGAGGAUGAAAAACCCCAAAAACCACGGGAUCUCAACAUGGUGAUCCACGUCUGUGAUGAGACCAAGAACCUGAAGCAGGAUUUUACCUGCCCCAGAGAUCUUCUAGUCAAAGAGAUGCGCUACUUUGCUGAGUAUUUAUCUGUGGACCAGCAGAGGUGGGAAGAGGUGGACAUCUCGGUUCACUGCGACGUUCAGAUCUUCGACUGGCUCAUGAACUACGUCAGGAGGAACUCGGCAGGAGAGGGAAACAAGGACAAACCCCGGCUGGAGCCCAGCAACGUCAUCUCCAUCCUGAUCUCCUCUGAGUUCUUGAAGAUGGAUACGUUAGUGGAGGAAUGCAUCCAGUACUGCCAUAAACACAUGAGCGCCAUCGUUGCCACUCCCUGCAACAUGAACUGCAUCAACAGCAACUUGGCAACACGGAUCGCCGAGCUCUUCAACCACAACGAGGCCGACGACAUCCGCGACAAAAAAGAUAAAUUCAAGAGCAAACUGUUUCAGAAGAAAAUCGAGCGGCUGUUUGAUCCAAACCACCAGAACAAAGAUUCACCAGGAAACGCCUCGACUCUCUACAGAUGCAGUUUGUGCCUCAAGCUGCUGACCAAAGACACGGAGAGGAAGAUUUCCUGCGUUCCAGGGAAAAUCAACGUUGACGUCCGAGGACAGAUCAUCUAUACGCACACAAGACAGAAGAGCUGGGAUGUGCAUGAAUACACCACAGCUUUAUAUGAGGAGCUCAAGUCCUGGGUUCUCGUUUACUGGAGAAUCUGGGGAACCAUCAACUACCUCACCUGCUCCCGCUGUCAGCAGGUGUUCGUUUGUGCAGAGCUGACCCAAUGCAAAUACCACCCAGACAGCGUGUUGUACCCCGGCAUGGGCGCAGAGAAAGGUUGGCAUGGGGCAGGAAUAUACCCCUGCUGCAACCAGAGGGUUCUCCGCUUUGACCCCACUGGGAUACCAAAGGGUUGUAAGACGCGGGAUCACAUCGUGAACGUACAGGAUGAGGAGAAAUACGACGAGGUGACGGCAGCUCAGACCAGAGUCCUUAAUGACCUACUGCUGCACAGAGAUGCUGUGUGCUUGUCCAACGCAUCGCCGGCAGAGAGCUCUGAGGAGAGUCCGCCCGGAGCAGAGAAAGUCCCAGACUGCAAAGCUCUCCUAGAGCCGACACUCCUCGGACCUCUGAGAGGAGACGGCAGCUCUUUUUCCCUUUUCAAGAACUGGACUCUUCAGCUGAGGCAGCAGUCUCUCCUGUCAGAGGACGAGGAGUACACCACGGGGUCAGAGGUCACCGAAGACGAGGUCGGGGACGAAGAAGAGCUGUCGAAGAAACAAGCUGCUAAGAAGGCGAAGAAGCCCCACAGACCUCUGAAGAAACAGCUUUCCUCUCCGAACUUCCAACGCAAAGACAAAUCUGAGAAGCCACAGUCCAGAGACAGCACACCUUUCACCGUGAGCCUCCAGAAGAGUAAGUGGGACAGUUCUCGCUCGCUGCGCUACAACCAGGACGCUCAGAGAGAGGAAGACCAGCGGCGCAUGGCGGAGAUCGUCGGCCACCUGACCCAGAUAAGGUUCGGAGACCAGGAGCCGAGCAAAUCCAAGGACACCAAAGAGCCGGCUGGUGGGAUCUACGCUCGGCUGGAGCUGCAGUUCAGAGGCGGCGCUCCGACCAGACCGACGGCAGAGAAAGCCCCCAGAUCCAAGUCGCGUUACGCUCAGCUCCGAACUACUUAACAAUGCCGAAGCGAUGAAAGAUUGACCGAAACCCUGAAGAUGAGGAACCGUCUCUAGACAAGGGACAGCCAGGUGUGGACUUCCUCCUCUCUGCCGUCUCUGUUCAUGUGGACCUCCAUCGGCCGCGCUGCGUGUUUGUGCAGCUGUGGCCGUUCCUCAAUAAACAAGGCGAACCCCCAUUGCUGCUUCAUGCAUGCAGCAGGACCUCACAAACACCAGAAAACGUCGGCCAUGUUGUUUAUCUGGGAGGUGGAGAGUCCCACGUUUUCCUCCUUACUGGAUCUGAUUUGUAAUUUCUCCAAGUUCUGGUCAAAAUGCUUUCAUCUGUAACUGUAUUCAACUAAUAACACAUCUACAAACAC